AUGGACGGAGAUUGGGAUGAGGUCGCCCGGAUUCAGUUCCCGCCCCCGGGCGUGCACGCGAUGCCCACCCCCGUAACGACCAUGACCUUCGAUACCUCGCAAGAGCUCCUCUGGACUGGCAAUGACUAUGGUCGCGUAACCUCCUUCUAUGGCACCGAGCUGCAGCGAUAUACUUCAUUCAAGGCACACCAGACCCCCGAUGGCCCGGUGCGCCAGAUCCUCGUCAACGAGAAGGGUGUUGUGGUGCUCGGUUCCAAAGAUGUCCACAUGGCACUGAGGAGAGGGCCACCCUUGUGGCAUAUUAGACAUGACGAUAUGAAAGAUUUACGAUGUAUGAGCUUCACUUCAAAGGGGACUGCCGAGAUUUUAGUCGCUGGUCUGCAGGAUACGAUGCUUGUCAUUGACCUCAUUAAGGGUGAUGUCGUCAAACAAGUGCCUACCGAACAUCAGUAUACCGUCAUGAAGCGUGGCCGUUAUAUCUGCGCCGCCACUAAGAAUGGCUCAGUUGACCUUCUUGAUCCUAUUACCUUCGCAGUCAUCAAAACCUGGAAUGCUCACUCAGCCUUAAUCAACGACAUGGAUGCCCAGCACGACUUUAUCGUGACCUGCGGAUACUCUCUCAGACAGGGCCAGAACUACAUGCUAGACCCAUUCCUCAACGUCUUCGAUAUCAAGAAGAUGUCCUCAAUGCCCCCGAUCCCAUUCCCCGCGGGCGCAGCAUAUGUGCGCAUGCAUCCUCGGAUGCUGACGACCAGCAUUGUCGUGUCGCAGAGUGGCCAAAUCCAUGUCGUGGACCUCAUGAACCCGAAUACUAGCAACGUUCGUCAGGCAAAUGUCCUCACCUACCUCAAUAUGUUUGAGAUAGCACCCUCCGGCGAAGCCAUGGCCUUGACGGAUGCCGAGUGUCUCAUUCAUCUCUGGGGUUCCCCAACAAAGCUUCACUUUGUCGAUCUCCCCACCCCCAUCGAGUUCGCAACCCCUGAGGAGCCGCUUCCCUCUAUUGACUGGACACCAGAGACACCAUUGAACUCGGUCGGCCUACCUUAUUACCGAGAAGUUCUUUCCUCAUCUUGGCCGGACCUACCGUCUGAUGUUGGAGCUCCUCCAUCCAAGUACGACACGCAGUUUCUAUCAGGGCUCAAAGCUACCGAGUUUGGCCUCUACGGUAGAAAUACCCGCGGGCUUCGACGGAACCAACUCGAGGACACACGAAACGCCUCUGAUGAUAAAGUCGACGAGCUGGGUAAUCCACUUGCAGAAAUGGAAAUCGAGAGCAAGAAGUCGGAGGUGCCAGUCAUAUACCGCAAUGUCGAGAUCAAAUACAGCAAAUUCGGUGUAGACGAUUUCGACUUUGGGUCAGCAUAUUCUAGAUUAUUCUUUUACAACCGAACCCGGUACUCUGGACUCGAGACGCAUAUCUCGAAUUCAUACGCCAAUUCGCUACUUCAAAUUAUUCACUUCACACCUGUGAUCCGGAACCUUGCUCUUCAGCACGCUGCGACUGCGUGUGUGGGCGAGAUAUGCCUGCUCUGUGAGCUUGGCUUCCUAUUUGAUAUGCUUCAAAAGGCAGAGGGGUCAAUUUGUCAAGCAACGAACAUGCUCAAAACCCUCAGCAGCCACCCCCAAGCUGGCCCCCUCGGCCUGCUCGAGGAGGACCCCCACGGAUCCUCCCUAAAUGUCAUGCUCCAAGGCUUGACAAGGUUUCUCCUAGACAAGAUUGUUCAUGAUCACAAGUUGAUAAACCCAACUUCCUCUGUAAUGGAGCAGGUCCUUGCAACGUCUGCAACUAGCUCGAUUCGAUGCAUGAACUGUAGGAGUGAGUACACGAGACCUGGAUCGACCUACGUAAAUGAUUUGCUCUAUCCAUCAGCUAAAUCCGGAGGACGGAAUGCAAAGCAACCACGAACCACCUUUUCUCAAGUCCUCAAGAAUAGUGUCGAGAGAGAAACAACCUCAAAAGGGUGGUGCAGCAGAUGCCAACGAUAUCAGACGAUCGCGACUAGGAAAAGUAUCCACAGCAUCCCGGCCGUGCUUCUUCUGAACACUGCCAUCACCAGUCAGGAUCACAGGAGCCUCUGGUCAACCCCAGGAUGGCUUCCCGAAGAGAUUGGAAUUAUUGUUGAACAGGGGCAAUUCUUCUGUUAUGAAGGAGAGGACUUAAAACUCCACCUACAACGAGGGAUGCACAACAUUACGGUGUACUCGCUCAUCGGUAUGGCUAUCAACAUCGAAAGCGGUCAGACCCAGAAGUCGCAUCUCGUAUCCAUGGUCAACGUUGCACACACGGAACCGGAGGCCUCAGCUGAAAGCCAAUGGCACCUGUUUAACGAUUUCCUGGUGAAAGAUGCCAAUAAUAAGCUUGACACCGACUGGAAGAAGAACCUCGAUACUUCAAUCCUCUACCAGGAUUUCAGCCCUAACCCCGAGGCUGAUACGAAGACCUACCAGCUUCUCAAACCUGAGACAGAGGCACCUGGACCGGAUACUAUCAUCGCUCUUGAUACCGAAUUCGUCGCAGUGCGGCAGCCAGAGAUUGAGAUGAACUCGGACGGCGAACGGGAGACGAUUCGACCCAUAGUGUAUGCGCUCGCUCGGGCUUCCGUCGUGCGUGGACAGGGAGAGGAUGAGGGCACUCCCUUUAUCGACGAUUACAUCUCGAUUAGGGAGCCAAUUGUCGACUAUUUGACGUCGUACUCUGGAAUCACAGAGCAGGACCUGGAUCCUCGCGUCUCGAAGCACAGCUUGUUAUCCCUGAAGAUGGCGUACAAGAAACUUUGGAUCCUGCUCAACCUCGGAUGCAAAUUCUUGGGUCAUGGCUUGAAGCAAGAUUUCCGGGUCAUCAAUAUCCACGUCCCCAAGUCUCAGAUCAUCGACACGAUUGAUCUAUUCUACCUCAAGUCUCGCCUGCGUAAACUCUCGUUGGCGUUCCUGGCGUGGUACCUGUUGAAGGAAGACAUCCAAAUGGAAACGCACGACUCGAUUGAGGAUUCGCGAACGGCACUCAAGCUAUACCGGAAGUAUUUAGAGUUCCAGGAUGCCGGGAUUCUCGAGACGAUGCUGCAAGACAUCUACCGUGCCGGUCGGGAGGUCAACUUCAAGCCGCCGCGAAAGGAUGACGGGCAGAUCCCAAGAAGCGAGACACCUCCUCCUCUGCCAACUGAGGGCGCUGUACCUCCCUCAACGCCAGUGCGACCGAUUGGGAUUGGGGAGACGCCUGGAUCGGCGUUUGGAGGAGGCACAACCUGGACGCCAGGGAAGGGAUCACCACUUCCGUAG